CGAGCCCCUCCAAACAAAUCAACCGAGACGGACACCAACAAGCACCACCGACCGACCAAACCCUUUUCUUUCCACCUCCACCUCCCUCUCACACUCACACACCAAAACCCACAACCACGUUCACCACCAGAACCACACAACCACAACCACAACAGAACGACUGACCCACCAGUACAGCAGUAUCUUGCAUUUGCCUUCGCUCGUACAUACUCGCACACUUCACACGCUUACAAAUUAUCGCGCCAUUUGGCAGUGUCCAGUCCAACACGGAGAUGUCUGUGAAGGAAUCACAGGCGUAUGACCUGCUGGAACUCGUCCGCGGCCAGGGCGAUGUUGACAAAAAGAUCGCCGAGUUCGCGACGGUAAAGGCUCUCGUCAAGCACAAUACAGUUCACGCCGCCUCCAUAGACGCUCUCUUCGAAGCGUGUCGCGUGGGCGCGAUCUCACCCAACAGCACCCUUGGCGCACACGCCCUAUCGUGUCUCGGACACCUGACGAAACGAGUAUCGAUCCAGGACCCGUCGCGUUUGCGAGCGCAUGCGCCGAGCACACUGCCACUGCUCAUCGACAAGCUGGGGGAUGUCAAGGAGCGGAACAAGACCGUUGCCUUGGCGGCGAUCAUCGAUACGUACAAGCAUUGCCCGCAGGAGGUCGAGAAGGCCAUGAAGGAGUUGGGGUUCCCGAGCAAGAAUGCCCGCGUGCGCCUGGAGUCGAUAAGGUGGCUCGCUCAAACCAAUGCUCUCAAUCAGGCUUUUUCGUUCAAGUCGUACACGCCACUCCUGAUCGGCAUGCUUGAGGAUCCGAAUGAGCCGGUCCGUGAGGCGGCUAAGAAUAUCGUGGUGGAAUUGUUCGCUUCUGCGCCGGAACACGCCAAAUCGGACGUUAAGAGAGAGCUGCAGAAACGGGGCGUGAGGAAGGGAAUUGCAAACUACAUCGUCUCGCAACUCGGCAUUCCCGGCGGUGCGCCUGAGGUUCUUUUACAAGAUGGCCAAGAGGAAGAGGCGGCUCCAUCUAGUGCCGGCGGACGCGGCGCGGCGGCGAGCAUCAGUGGUAGCAUGGCAUCCUCGACAUACGUGAUGAGCCUGCCUGGGGCUGAACUCGAGGAACUGCCACCCAUGUACGUCAACACGAACCGGGAGUUGGAGGACAUCUUUGAUGGCAUGAUUCCACCGUUCGAAGGCAAGGAGUCCGAGCAUAACUGGGUAGCGAGAGAGGGCAACGUCCUGCAGAUGCGGAAGAUGUUGAGAGGAAACGCAUAUCGGGACUUCCAGAUCACGUUCCUGGCUCGAAUCAAGUCGUUACUGGACGGAAUCCUGAAAACGUUCAACUCGCUGCGAACUACGACCUCGACCAUGGGAGGUCAGUUCAUCAAGGAUCUGGCCAUCAUCGCGGGUCCGGGCAUCGAUAACAUGGUGGAGAUUCUCUUGGUCAAUGUCCUCAAGCAGUGUGCGAACACCAAGAAAUUGACGUCGCAGCUCGCAAACCUGGUGGCGUCUACGCUCUUGGCCAACGUCUCGUACCAUCCGAAACUGCUUCAGCAUGUGUGGAAUGCGUGCCAGGACAAGAAUGUGCAGCCCAGAUCCUAUGCCCCAGGGUGGAUCGCGGUUCUGCUCGAGACCCAUAUCGACCACAAGGCGCACAUCGAACGUUCAGAGGGUGUUGAGACCUUGGUGAAGUGCGUCAAGCGAGGUCUGGCUGAUGCCAAUCCUGGUGUAAGAGAGAACAUGAGGAAGACAUACUGGAAGUUUGGUGCGAUAUGGCCCGAUCACGCCCAUGCUUUGAUCGAAGGCCUCGAUGGUGCCUCCAGAAAGCUGUUGGAGAAGACCAACCCUGAUGCUGCUGCCCAACCUAAAGGCGGCGCCUCUACCCUUCGCCCACCUCCGGGCGGUCGGAGUGCCACUGCACCUGCCCGUCCUUCCAUCAGAGACGCAAUUCUUGCCCAGAAGAAGAGCAAAGGAAACCUCAAGUCCCAGAUGACCUCUGCAGAGGUUGCCAGCCGAGCCAUCUCGCCGCCACCUGCAGGACCUACCGGGUUGGCUUCCGCUCCUGUACGCAGGCCCCACAUGAAAGCUAGACCAGCGACAGCGAAUGACAAUCAGGCGGCCCGUUCCGCGAGCCCAAUUCCGGGUCGUGCGUCGCCGGCGCCGACGAGUGGUACGAGAAUUAGAUCAGGGACGUCACCCGCCCCGGGUUCUCCUCCUAGUGCGCGUGUCCGUGGAGCUACACCCGCCCGCGCUCAGAGUCCGCUCGUAACGGGUCCCCGGAAACUCACCGUCCUAGAACAGUUGAACAGCCCCGAUUGGAAAGUUAGGGUUGAGGGAAUCGUUGUGGUAGCCUGCAUUCUCGCUAAGCGUUCACCGCCUGAUUACGAAGGACAGAAGAUGCCAACACUGCCUCCGAGUGAUAUCUUUGCGCCAACCCUGGCCAAGCUGUUUAACGAUCCCCAGUCUGAGGUUGUCGAACAUUUGGUUGCCCCUGAGGUCCUAGCGGAACUUGCGAAGGUAGUGCCAAUGGAGCAGAUUAUCCCGAAGGUCCUUCUGCUCAGUGAAGGGGAUGACGAACAGCAUGCCCAGCCAAUCAAUGCCUCAACGAUGCCCGCCUUGAAGCAGCUUAUGACGGAUGUAGAGGCUACAGACUUGCUCCUGAAAAUAAUCCAGGGAAUGAACUCUUCAGGUGUGCUCACGAAGAAGCUGGUACCCGGAUCAUUCACGCCAACACAGAAGCGGAAGAUCACUCAUGGUAGUCUCAUCUGGAUGAACGAGCUUGCCGAAAGAUGUGUCAGUGGAAUACCAAAUGUGUUUUUCACCGACAGAACCAGCUACAAGCAGAUCCUCAACCGCUUCGUUCAGAUGAUGUCCACCAUGAAGCCGCCGAAUACCCAGAUGCUGACCACCCUGUUGAAAAACCUGCAACGUCUGGACGAGGAGACGUUCAACAAGACGCUCGCCACGUACGAACCGGCGAUUGCGAAGGAGCUCCGAAGGGCGUGGGGACUCAACGUCGAGGAGGAUGAGUCGAUCAUCGUCGAGGAAAAGGUGGCCGAUGUCGAGCAGGUGUUGGGAUCUGUUCCUGAGGUUGGAGGAGCGGUGCCCAGGUCGCGUCCCGAAAGUGUUCAUGUCCCACCUGCGCCACGACCUCUCACGCCGCCGCCGUUGUCUGCCGGUGCCGAGGAGGGCCUCAAGGAUCUUCCCGCACUGCCGGCUUCUCCGGAAGCUUCAAAUGACCGGAGAGGUCGCCAGGACGAAAACCCCGCCAUCAAGGUCUACCAGGACCCAGUCAUCGAGUCUAAUGGUGCUGUCGCCACUACCGCCCCGCUCGAGCGUAGCACGCUGGCCACCAACAAGGAGUGGCAGAACUACGGAAAGCUGAAUACGUCGGCCAACUCUCCGAAAUCAUCUGGAGAUUCUGGAAGAUUGCUGCAGUCUCUCAUCGUGAAACUGCAGAAUCGUGACAUGGAUACCCAAGCUUUCAGGAAACUUAUUGGUGUUGCACGCGAGAACCCGGUCAGGGAACCGCUACAGGAAGCGAACCACGAUGGUGCGCAUGAUAUCUGGCAGGGAGGGUCGGUGUUUAGGGAGCUUCUUGUGACGCUGCUCGAGUACCUCAUGGCCGAAGACAUUGAGCCCUCGAGAGCGACCGAUCUCAGGGUCCAAGGCCUGCUGGUUCUCAAGCAGCUGCUAUCGAAGGCCGCGCCCUACUUUGACCGGCACGAGGCCGAGAUCCUGACUACGCUCAUUUCGCUGCGCGGUAAAUACCCACAACACUCGCAGAUCACCACGGCCAUCGAAGAGAUAUCCGAGGAGUACUUAAUGGUGGCCGACCCAAAGGUUGGAAUCACGGCGAUCUUGGACCUCAACCUGCCCGCCAGCAAGCCGACGUAUAGACCGGCGACGCAGAGCUGGUGCAUGAGCCUGCAAUGCCUAGCUGCUCUCGUCGGUGCGUCGAAGUCGUCAGCACUCGAACCGCAGUACAUGCGGCUAGGCCAGUUGGCUCUUAAGUCGCUCAACGAUGAUGACUCGGAAAUCCGCCGGUCGUGCGUGACGAUGUGUAUCGAGAUGCAUAGCAAGCUCAACGACGACGAGAGACUGUUCGACGAGAUCCUCAAGGGGAUGAAGUCGGGGCAUCAGAACUUGCUCGCGUACUACUUUACGAGGAGAGAGACGGAGAGACAAUAACAGCAACUGGUUUUCUCUUUUCUUCCACACUAACUUAGGCGCUUCUUUUCUUUUCUAUUCUUUUUUCUUCUCUGUGCAUUCUUUGUGGUUUUGUAUUGCAAAUCCCUGCUGUGGGGAGUUUUAGGUAUACCUUUUUUUGUCUGGAUUGUUUUUUUUUUUUUUUUUAUGUUUU